ACUGUCAAGUGUCAAGUAGCAAGACUACCAGAAGCUGCAAUCUGCAAAUUUUAACCUUCUCUUUCGUCCAAUAGAAUUACAGUACCUUGUUGCAGAGGCGGUUGGCACCAACUACUCCCCCAAGGAAAGAUCUUUCGUUUUUAUUCUCUCUUUGUUUUUGUUUUUUCACAAGAGUCUCACUUCGUCUUCUUGCUUCGAUUCAAAUUUCAACGCUCCAACCAACCUUGGCACCAUGAAGCAUGAUCAAGAACCGUUUCUGAUCAUGGAUGAAAAUUUAGUGGAUCAAUCACCAUUUCUUAAACUCGGGCGCUGGCAAUGGUGGCUUGUGGUGGCCAUCAAUAUUUUGUUCCUUGUUGUAGGCCAAGCUGCUGCAGUUCUUCUGGGGAGAUUUUAUUAUUUUCAAGGUGGAAAUAGUGAAUGGAUGGCAACUUUUGUGCAAACUGCUGGAUUUCCAAUCCUUCUCAUCCCUUUAUUUCUUCUUCAUCCAUCUCUCAAACUUGAAAUUUUGACGACUUCAACUUCUUCUUCCAUUAAAUUUGUUGCUUUGAUCUAUGUUUUUCUUGGAUUACUUGUAGCUGGUGACAGUAUGUUGUACUCCGUUGGGCUGUUGUACCUGUCAGCCUCCACUUAUUCCCUCAUUUGUUCCACCCAGUUAGCUUUCAAUGCUGUUUUUUCCUACUUCCUUAAUUCGCAGAAGAUGACUGCUUUAAUUCUAAACUCUGUGGGUAUCCUCUCGUUGUCGGCUGCUCUGAUUGCAGUGAAUGAAGAUUCGGAAAUACCGUCAGGAGUUUCCAAGGGGAAGUAUUUCCUCGGCUUCUUAUGCACCCUGGGAGCUUCAGCUGUUUGCUCCCUUUUACUCUCCCUUAUGCAACUUUCAUUUGAGAAGGUGUUAAGAAAGGAAACAUUUAGUGUGGUAUUGGAGAUGCAGAUUUAUACAUCACUUGUGGCGACUUGUGUUUCGACCGUGGGCCUGUUUGCGAGUGGGGAGUGGAAGGGGUUGCAGAAAGAGAUGGAGGGCUUCGACAGCGGGAGAGUUUCGUAUGUGCUGACUUUGGUUUGGACGGCCAUAAGUUGGCAAGUAUGUGCCGUUGGUGUGGUGGGGCUGAUUUUCACGGUGUCGUCGUUAUUCUCCAACAUAAUCAGUACAAUGUCGUUGGUGAUCACACCUCUGGCUGCUCUGAUAGUUUUCCAUGACAAGAUGAAUGCGGUGAAGGUAAUUGCUACACUUAUGGCACUAUGUGGUUUUUGCUCUUACAUUUAUCAAAAUUAUAUAGAUGAUGCAAAGGCAAGGAAAAUGGGAUCACAAUCACAUACUGAUGAUAUUGAGGAACCCCAUCAUGUAUAGUGAACACAUCCAACUGUCUGCCAUGGAACAUGGAUUUGGUAGUCUUCUAUCACUUACAUUCUCCUGAUUUGAGUAGAAAAAUGAAAAAGAAAACACUAUAAUUGUUACCAGGGAAGUCAAUCUCUGUUUUCGCUUUAGUCCUAGACACAAGAUUGUCAUCAGCCUUUGUAGUAGUAGGGUAGGCUUGUUCGGUGUGGGAUUAUGUAUUAUGUUUUCUGGUUUAAUUAGCAGUUAACAUGCUAGU